AUCUUUCCUUACAUCCCUUCGCUUUCUGCCAUUUCAGGAAUAUGAUCCGUCGCCAUUGUUAUUAGAUUCUACUUCAAUAGGAUAGAACAAUGUAGGGUUUUUGCCAGGGUUACUGAAAAUUGGUGUAUAUGAAACUCUCUGAUACCGUAACCAACUGCCCAAACUUUUCUUCGAUUGAUUUUGUUUCGUUAUUGUUUUCCGUGGAGGGGGGUGGUUCCAAUGUGAAAAGGGCUUUCUCUAUCUUUCGUAAUUUCAUUCUCUCGAACGCUCCUUCUUGUUGUUCAGCAUAUGUGGAAGUGUAUGGGAUAAUGAUUAGUUUCUUCCUGAUAAAAUGAGAUCAGGGUGAUCAAUGAACCGGCUGCCCUUCAUAAGACUUGGUUCCAGCAUCCAACCUACCAAUGGAUGAUUAAACUCUUUAAGAACUGUAGCAUGCUCCUUCUGGUACAUUCUGAUGAAGAAUGGCUUUCAAGGUUUUGGGUUAUUUCUUGAUGGUCUAUCCAAGGAUAUUGGUGAAUUUACAUUGGAGAGCAAUCACGUUGAUUCGAUUAUGCUAGCACUUCCAGAAAAGUAGGAGGAUAGUCAAGUACUCAUCAUUAGCAGGAUUCCAGUAUUGAGGGGAUGGAUUGCAAUAAGGAUGAUGCCUCUAAGGCCAAGCAGAUUGCUGAGAAAAAGUUCGCAGAGAUGGACAUUGCGGCCGCAGUUAAAUUUGCCUUGAGGGCUCACAGCUUGUAUCCCAGCCUCGAUGGUCUUCCACAAUUUAUUGCAAAUCUGAAUGUUUACUUGUCCGCGGAGAAAAGAAUUGAUGGAUGCAUUGAUUGGUACAGGGUCCUUGGUGUGGAUCCAUUGGCUGAUGAAGAAACCAUUAGGAAACAUUAUAGAAAUCUGGCACUCAUUCUUCAUCCUGACAAAAACAAAUCAAUUGGUGCAGAUGGGGCUUUUAAAAUUGUAUCUGAAGCUUGGAGCUUGUUGUCUGACAAAACCAAAAGAGAAGCAUUUGACCAAAAGCGGAAUAUAAGAGGUAUGGCUAUGAAGUCCACUGAAAUUAGGUCAUCAGUUCCAAUUGUUCGGAAUGGUUUCCAUAAUCUCUCCCCCAAUCAUAAUUCGAAUAGAUGGCAUUGGAGAAGUGAUGAUGAGGUCCUUUCUGCUCCAGCUUCUCAUCCAGUGAAACCCACGUUUUGGACAAUUUGCAAUUCAUGCAAGGUGCAUUUUGAGUAUCUCAGAUCUUAUCUUAAUCAUAAUCUUGUUUGUCCCAACUGCUGCAUAUCCUUUUUGGCUGUUGAGAACCCAUCCCCACCGUUCAAUCUGAAUCCGUCAUCCUCUCCACGAACUUUCAACAUUCAGCAACAGGCUUCCAGUGCAUACAGCCAUUUCAAGAAAUCAUUUAGUGUGGAAAAGACAGAGUUUUCUCCUAGAGGUGUGGACGCAGCAGGAUAUAGUAGUACCAAUUCCAUGCGUAAAUCUUUUCAGUCUGGUACAUCAUGUAAGCACAGAGCAGCUGAAAGUAGGAAAACAUCAGCUUCUUCAGCAGCUAAAGCUUUUAGUUUCUUCAAACCAUCAUCUCCAAAGAUGAAUAUGGGGCAUAAAGAUGGCAAAUUGGCAGCUAAGGAAGUGGAGUCUUCUCUGAGAGAAGAUCACGCUCGCGACAAAGGGGAUGGUGGUUUUGCCUCUACAUCCUGCAAUGACAGUGCCUGUUCUGCACACAAAGGAGAUAGACCAAAGAAAAAAAGACGCAUAACAGGGCAUAAAAUGUCAGGUAAUAUCAGAGACUUUCUUAAAAAAAUGGAAAUAGAAAAUGGAGGGAUUAUAAAGGAGAGUAGCGGGUCCCAAAAAUAUAGCUUUGAAGGAAGAAGGUCAAUCACUGGAAAAUUUAGAUCUGCUAAUAAUACAAGGGAGCUUUCCCAGCUGGAAUUGCGACAGAUGUUGAUGGGGAAGGCUAGGAAUGAAAUCCACAAGAAGCUUAAUGAAUGGAAGGCGGACGUGUCUUCGACUAUUUUGCAAAAGACAGAGAAUUCUAACAAGGAUCUUGUUGAAGAGAAAGAGGGGAAAAGUGUUGUUCUAAAUGGUAUGAAAUCCAGUAAAUAUUUGAAUACUGUGUGUCGUAAAGAUGAAUUGCGGACCAAAUGUCCUUUACCUCCAAGUUCUGGCGAGCGUCCAGACACCAAGGCUUCUGAAUCUUUCUCCAUGAGUGUUCCUGAUCCAGAUUUUCACGAUUUUGACAAGGAUCGUGCAGAAAAAUCGUUUGGUAGUAAUCAGGUUUGGGCUGUUUAUGACGAUGAUGAUGGUAUGCCCCGAUAUUAUGCCAUGGUUCGUAAAGUUAUAUCGUUAAAACCAUUCAAAAUGAGAAUCAGUUGGCUUAAUUCCAAAAGUAACACUGAAUUGGCCCCAUUGAACUGGAUUGGUUGUGGAUUUCCGAAGACAAGUGGGGAUUUUUGGAUCGGUAAGCAUGAAGAUUAUGGCUCUCUCAAUUCGUUCUCACACAAGGUUAAGCAGGUAAAAGGCAAGAGAGGAGCUAUUAGAAUAUUUCCUAGUAAAGGAGAUGUGUGGGCGCUGUAUAGGAAUUGGUCUCCUGAUUGGAAUGAGCUUACCCCAGACGAUGUUAUUCACAAAUAUGACAUGGUGGAAGUCCUUGAGGAUUACAAUGAAGAUAGAGGGGUUGCUGUUGUUCCGUUAGUUAAAGUUGUUGGAUUCAAGACUGUGUUUCAGCAGCACAUCGAUCCAUCAAAGAUCCAGAAUAUUCCCAGAGAAGAAAUGUUUCGAUUUUCUCACCAGGUCCCUUCGUGCUUGCUUACUGGUCUUGAAGGUCAAAAUGCUCCUUCUGGUUGCUGGGAGCUCGAUCCUGCUGCAACGCCUUUGGAACUUCUUCAAGUUGCCAAGGAAGCUGAAAUAGAACUAGAAGAAGCGAUUCAGAGCGCUGAACAAGCUACGGAUGGACAUCCACUCGAGGAUACAAAAACUGCUAAAGUAGCAAACCUUGAGAAUAAUGUAGAAACGACUAUGAAAGAUGUUAAAGUUAAGGAUAAACUGAUGAUGCAUAAUGGAAAUAAGAAAGUUCAAAAGAUGAUGGUGUAUAGCCGGAAGCGGUUCCGGGGAAAAGUGGCAAUUGGCGCCGAGUUAUCAGCACAUUAGAAAACUUUUGAGAAGUUGUUCUCAGAUGAACAUAUACCAUAGACAUGAGGAUAGCAGCAGCAAAAAGCCAUACACAGUACAGCUUCUAAGCACCAAUCCUCCAGCCUAAACCUUUUUUUGAUUUUAUUUUGUUCAUUUCAUUCGUCUCCUCGACCGUGAGAGAUAUUAAUUGGCGAUACAUGCGGAGAAGUAUUUCUUUAGUCUGGUUUUACUAUCUCUGCACUGUUUGGGCUAUACAAUUUUGUCUAGUUUUUGACACCCUCAAUACUAAUUUCAGUUUCAGUUCUGUGGGGAGCUCGGAGAGUGUUGGAAAAGGCAGUUUCCUUUGGCUUUGAUGGACCACAUGGUAUAUGGCAUCGUAGCUCCAGAUUGAUAGGCUAAUUCAACUGUUUGCUCCAAAAGAUGUAAUUACUUUUACUUGUACAUUCGAGACCCAUUAUGACCCAGUACAAUAUUCACUCUUUUUAAUGAUAAAUCCGGUUGGUGCAAA